GGAGUCUGCUAUCAAACAACACAGUCUGCACAGGAGUCGUAAGAGAAGUCUCAGAGCAUGUCAGGACCAAGGCCCGUGGUGCUGAGUGGCCCCUCCGGAGCAGGGAAGAGCACUCUGAUGAAGAGGCUGAUGAAGGAGCAUGAGGGCGUCUUUGGAUUCAGCGUCUCACACACAACGAGGAACCCACGACCAGGAGAGGAAGAUGGCAAAGACUAUCACUACACAACGAGAGAGGCCAUGCAGGAGGGAAUUGCAAACGGAGACUUCAUAGAAAACGCUGAGUUCUCAGGAAACCUGUAUGGAACAAGUAAAUCAGCCAUAGAAGACGUUCAGGCCCAAAACCUAAUCUGCAUCUUAGAUGUGGACAUCCAGGGUGUGAGGAGGAUUAAAGAGACCGACCUGAACCCCAUCUACAUCUCCAUCCAGCCGCCCUCCAUGGACAUCCUGGAAACGCGUCUGAGAGACAGGCAGACUGAAACAGAGGAGAGUUUACAGAAACGGCUGGAGGCAGCACGCAUUGACAUGGAGCUCAGCAAGGAGCCCGGAGUGUUUGAUGUUGUCAUCAUCAAUGAUGACUUAGAGAGAGCUUACGAGGAGCUGAAAGACAUUCUUAAUGAAGAAAUCAAGAAAGUUCUGGAGGCCCAAUCUUAAGAAGAAAACAAAGACAUGCUCUUUCUGCUGCUUGAAAGAAGAAGCAAUCCUUUUGACUCUGGCCUGACUUAGUCCACCUUCACCGAGUCAUUGGGUGAAAAACUUUGUUUUUCUUUUACCUUCAAAUGGUCAGAGUAUUGCUCAGGGCCGUCUCACACUCAGUGACGAUCAGGUAAACAAAAGGGACUUUUAAGACAAAUAUCUGAUAACAAACUAAAAUAAGGGGGGUGGGGUUGUGUUAGAUUUACCAACACAGUUAGUCAUACCAGUAGUUGAUAUCUAGGUUUCAAAGUCACGGCCCAGCUGGCUCAGCUGCAAUCGGGAAGAAAAACAUUUGACACAGCUGCUGAACGCAGUGCAAAGUUUGGUUUAUGUAACACAAAGUUUGGCACUGCAUUUUUUUUCAACAUGUGAGAUGCCUCACAAGUCUGUUUCUAAUUCACACACUCAAAACAGUCUCUUCUGCAUUUAGUUGUUUUGUUGAGUUAACAUACAGUAGAAAUAUUUUCAGUCAUAGUUGAGAGAAUUUUCAAAACCUCUGUGAUUUAUCUGUGUGAUUAAUUUAAUGUUGAUCAAAUAACGGCUCACAUGAAGAAUGAAAUCUGUUCAUCUGAAGUACUGUGACCGGAAGUAUUAUAUUUGAAUGACUUGUGUGUAUG